AUGUACGUCAAUACAAUUGUAGUCAGAUUAGCAGAUGCAUUCAAAGAUGGGUCAAAUCCUCUUCGAAUGACCAUAGCGCGAGUACUUUCAGAAUGUAAAUCACAUCUGUCUUUAGUUUUUUCUGGAAGUGAAAUAUUUAAGAGGUUCUUAUCCGUGUCCCACUCCAACGAUCCGGUUGCUCGGGCUAUGACCCUUCAGGCACUUGCAAGUCUUGCCCCAAUAUCACCUGAAAGCAAGCAGGUGCAUCAUCUUAUCGUAGAGUCAAUGGCUGCCGAGAACGCAGGCGAGUUCCAAGCGGCAUGUCAUGCGAUGUCUGCUUUUGCUCAUCUAUCCUCUGAUUUCUCGAGCACAAUAAUCGGACAGCUAUCCGAGUUACUACUAGCUGAGGAAACGACGUAUGACCGCAAAGCUCAGAUCGUAAAAGUUUUUGCCAAAAUGAAAGCAACCGUGACGUCGAUGAAGGUAUAG